ACUCGACUCUGCAAUACCAACUCUCACUUCAAACGAAGAAGAAGAAGAAGACAACCAAGAUCAUUUGAAAAUGUCAGGAAGAGGCAAAGGAGGAAAGGGUUUGGGAAAGGGAGGAGCAAAGAGGCAUCGCAAGGUUCUCCGGGACAACAUCCAAGGGAUCACCAAGCCGGCGAUCCGCCGUUUGGCCAGGCGUGGCGGUGUUAAGCGUAUCAGCGGUCUCAUCUACGAGGAGACACGUGGCGUACUCAAGAUCUUUCUAGAGAACGUCAUCCGUGACGCCGUUACCUACACCGAGCACGCUCGCCGGAAGACCGUCACCGCCAUGGACGUCGUCUAUGCUUUGAAAAGACAAGGCCGAACUCUUUACGGUUUUGGAGAAUUGGAAAACAUUGAAGCUGUCAACGUGUUUGCAAGUCAACAAGUUUGGGUUGACCAGGACGACCGGUUUUUUAAAAAAUUACUUGGGCUCCGGUUGUUGGAUGUCGUGGAUCGAGGAGGAGGAAAGGCUAUUGGACAAGGCACACUAGUGACAACAAGGAGGAGAGAUGGCUUCAACGACAAGUGUGAAAGGAGAGGCGAGCUCUGGUUGGGGCUUCCGGUCGUCUUCGUCAAGGGAGGGCCGAUCUCGGGUAGAACAGUUGAAUGGGGCCGCCAUCGUCGAUUGAGCGGAGGGGGGCUUUGGUCUGGCUUAGGGCUUAAUCUGGAACAACAACUAAAACUCAUUCACCACUCCACAGAGAAAAGUUGCAGAGAAAGGAAGGAACCAAAAAUGUCAGGAAGAGGCAAAGGUGGAAAGGGUUUGGGAAAGGGAGGAGCCAAGAGGCAUCGCAAGGUCCUCAGAGACAACAUCCAGGGCAUCACCAAGCCCGCCAUCCGCCGUUUGGCCAGACGUGGCGGAGUCAAGCGUAUCAGCGGUCUCAUCUACGAGGAGACUCGCGGUGUACUCAAGAUCUUUCUAGAGAACGUCAUCCGUGACGCCGUUACUUACACCGAGCACGCUCGCCGGAAGACCGUCACCGCCAUGGACGUCGUCUAUGCUUUAAAGAGACAAGGCCGUACUCUAUACGGAUUCGGAGGUUGAUGAGUCCGUAGUCUCUGCAAUCUUUCUAGGGUUAAUGUGUUAUUAGGAUUAUAAUUAUUGUAUUGUGGGUUUUCAAUGUGAAUGAAGCUUUUGGAAAUGUUCUGAUUAGAAUCAAGAGUUGUUGUACAUUGAUUUUAUGGGUUAUGAGUUGAAAUUGAAAUACUCCGAUUCGGAUUUACAGAGUUGGAAACUGAUCAAUCAAUGUAUUUCAUCUUGUAUUACUAUAGUUUAGUUUGUUAAUCUUCAAUUUUCUAUCCCAUGGUUUUUUGGUCAAUUAAAAAAAUCAAAAUUUAGAAUUUAAGUUAAAGGACUUUAGAUCAAA